UCCACGUUCCACCAGUUGAAACAUUGGCAGUACAAAAAACGCAUAAUUGAUUGCGCAGAGACAUAGGAAGGACAUCAUAUUAUUUCGUCAGACAAUGUUGAAUUAAAGUCAACUAUCUAAGAUGCGCAUACAUAUUCAGUCAAGUUGUGCGGUCAACGCUGAGAAAAAAAAUAAGGAUCUUGGGUAGAUCUAUUCACAACGCAAUACAAGCCGUACCACUCACAAGAUACAAAGGGAUUCGUGCCUUUCCACCGAUUCACCGGCGCUUGUGCUACAGAGGGAGAUCUCGGUUGAAAUGGAUGUAUCUGAUGUUUUGCAGUUCGGCUUAUUACACUUUUUYCCAUAUGAAAUUAUUAYUUUUCUUUGAUUCCAUUCCACAAUGAGAGACCAAGAUUCGCUGUGAGAAAUACAAGAACCCGCUUUUUUUUUUGUCGCGCUGAUCGUCACGUUGCAGGCGUGAAUGAGACAGUUUGUGCAAUUCAUUGCCAGGUAUUUGGAGCUAAAGACCGCCGUGGCUCUACUUUGAGGAUUUUACAGCGGGGAAAAAGGAAGGAAAAUCCCAGAUUCCACAUUACCAUAGGACAGGAUGGUAAACAGCGGAAGGUAGUUGGAAUGCUUUCGCAUUGACAAGGUUCAACAUGAUGACACCCCAUACUGGCACCRUACUUCAGUGAACUGGGGCACCUUCUCCCUCGAAAAUGCAUAUCUGGAUACUGAAAAUAAUCCUUCUGAUCGCAGCAUCUCUGAGUCUUGUUGAGAUGUACGACAAUUAUGGGGAGAUCUGUAGGAAUCUAUGUACAUGCGAAGAGAAGGAAGGGAUACUGACGGUAAGCUGCGAGAAUAGAGGGAUCAUCAGACUGACAGAAAUAAGCCCGGUGCAUUUUUCAAUGUACCACCUUCUGCUGACAGGGAACCUCUUAAAGAAACUGUCCCUCAACGACUUCAUCAACUACACUGGGGCGACCAUAUUGCAUUUAGGCAACAAUGCUAUCGAUGAAGUGGAAACGGGUGCUUUCAAUGGACUCCAGGGAUUAAAGAGAUUACACUUGAACAACAACAAGAUAGACGUCCUAAGGGAUGAUACGUUUGUCGGCCUGGAGAGUUUGGAAUACCUUCAGAUUGAUUACAAUUACAUCACCGUCAAUCAAACCGAACCAGGUCAAAGCCCACCUCCCGGAUUCCGGCUAACCCUUACAACUAUGGCCCCAUCAUUGCUUAUCAGACCAAAUCUCCUGUGCCUUUGGACUGUCCCACCACCUGUACAUGUAAUCUGCAGAUUGCUGAUCUUGGACUAAACGUCAACUGCCAGGAGAGAAAGAUUGAGAACAUAUCUGACCUGAAGCCCAAGCCAUACAAUCCCAAAAAAAUGUACCUCACGGGGAAUUACAUUCCUGUGGUACGCAGAUCUGAUUUCUUGGAGGCUACCGGAUUGGAUUUGCUUCACCUAGGAAACAAUAGGAUAUCCCUCAUCCAAGACAGAGCAUUUGGGGAUUUAACCAACCUGCGUAGGCUGUAUUUAAAUGGUAAUCUAAUCGACAGGCUUACAGCAGAGAUGUUUUUUGGCCUGCAGAGUUUGCAGUAUCUCUACUUAGAAUACAACAAAAUCCGUGAGAUUGUAGGGGGCACCUUCCGGUUUGUGCCAAACCUUCAGCUGCUUUUCCUCAACAAUAACCUUCUGAAAACCUUACCAGCGGGAAUCUUUACUGGGCUGUCCCUCUCUAGACUUAAUCUCCGCAGUAACCACUUCCAAAACCUGCCUGUGAGCGGUGUGUUAGAUCAGUUAAAAUUGCUGUUGCAGAUAGAUCUGAUUGAGAACCCAUGGGAUUGCUCGUGUGACGUCGUCGGCAUGAAGAUAUGGCUCGAGCAGCUCAGUGCAGGCACCGUUGUUAAUGAGGUUAAAUGCGAGACCCCCAAACGGCACAGCGGGAUUGAUAUGCGUUCCGUUCAGUCUGAACAGCUGUGUCCAGAYUACUCUGACGUGGUCGUCUCAACAGCGCCCCCCACUGACGAGCCUCUGCCCGACAGAGCCACCACCACAGAGACCUACCAGAGAUCUAACCCCACUAGCAGCGUCGUCCCUCUCUCUGUCCUCAUCCUCAGCCUGCUGCUCGUGUUCAUCAUGUCCGUCUUUGUGGCGGCKGGGCUGUUUGUUGUCGUGGUGAAAAAGCGUAAAAAGUCCCAGAGCGACCGCACCAGCACCAACAACUCUGACGUGAGCUCGUUUAACUUGCAGUACAGYCUUUACAGUAAUAACCGAACCGUYCCCAAAGUCAAAGCYCCCGCMGGACACGUGUAUGAGUACAUCCCUCACCCUAUGGGCCACAUGUGCAAAAAUCCCAUUUACAGGUCCAGGGAAGGCAACACAGUCGAGGAUUACCGCGACCUCCAUGAAUUGAAGGUGACUUAUAGGAGUGAUGUGGAUGAGGAGAGGAACAGCAACAUGAGAAGUCCCACUUAUAGCGUGAGCACUAUUGAGCCUCGCGAGGACCCCUCCCCUGCAGACAAUGCUGAGCACUUCUUCAGGGGCAUCAUAGAGGCGGACAACCAAUCCCCCUCCGGUAACAGUCUAGAAUACAAGUACACUGGCCCUGUCUCGUACACGUACAACCCAAACUUUGAUGUUAGACGCCAGUUCUUACACCCAGAGAGGAUACGAGAAACAGUGCUUUAUGGCACAGCGCCGAGUACUGUUUACGUGGAGCCCAACAGAAAUGAAUAUUUGGAACUAAAAGCGAAACUUCAAGUCGAGCCGGACUACCUCGAAGUUCUUGAGAAACAGACCACUUUCAGUCAGUUUUGAGCAACAGAUUUGUCCGUAUAUGAAGGAUUUCCCCCCUUAAAAGUACUGGCUCAAUAUUGAGGGUGCCUUGGCACGACACAUCAACAAAAUAAGCAUUAAACGGGGUGUGCCAAACUGUAUUAUUCUUAUUUCUUAAUUACAUGAGAUUGCAGGAACUGAAAGUCUCUCUCUAAACCUAACUGGAUGAACACACAAGUUGUCCUACUUAACUGGUGAUUUAGAAUCUAUUUUUAUAUGGUGAAGAUUGAAUACACAUACAUGUAAGUGUACAGGUAAACUUACCCAACUACAUUUUCAGGAAUAUAACCAUACAUAUAUUGUGAAUCACAAAAAUGUUUAUAACUCACCUUCUGACGAAAAAACACUGUACGGCAGUGCCUCCAUCAAACUGCGCAGGACAAUUCUCUGCUUUAGUCUGUAAGUAUUUAUUUAUUGGAAUACUCUGCCAUGUAUUUUCCAAACUUUUGAUCCUUCAUCAAUAUUACCUGUGUCAUAAUUCCAUGAUCCUCUGUAAACGUUUAUGUUUGUAGUUCCAUAUCAUUUACUGUAGCUCGCAUUGUAAAAGUGRCUUUUUUUAAAAAGGUGGCACACCCCCAAUGUUAAAGAAAGACUGCGUCAUUUAAAGAAGAAAAKAAGUUGUCUUUGUAUGCUUUCUGCACUUUUUGGAGUUGGAAGGCAAGUGGGCCUUUAAACAGCUAUCAUUAGGAUGAUUACUAUUAAAAAUGAAUAUGUGCAUUCAUUCUUAAUAUGUAUUCUUGAUAUGUUAUCAAAUUCAUGAAUAAUAAUUGAAAUAAUAAUUAUGUUGUGUAAUACUGAUAUUUUAAUGUAACACCUAUUUUUAUACAAGCAUUCGCAAUUCUCUUUCCCUCAUCAAUUUCAUUCGUUUUAAUUGCUUUGCACUUAUUGCACUAUAUUGACCAAAAUAUGUUAAUGUCAUCAAUAAAUAUGAUGUCAGGUUCA